CAGGUCGUCAAAUAUUCCUCGACUUUUGACGUCAUUUCUCCCUUGACCAGAAGUUAUUGUACCAGUGCUCAGCAGCUGACGAAGAUGAUGUGCUCAGAGCGAUCGAAGCAGUCCAGGAGGCCUUCAAAGGUUGGUCAGAUAGCAGGCCGGCGACUCGUCGAGAUAUAGUCCUGCGUGCUGCAGAGGUGAUGAAGCGAAGGAGAGAUGAACUCAACCAUUACAGCCAUACAGAGACGGGAGCACCCGCGGCUGUGUUUGCCAACGAAUUGGGACUUGCGUAUGAGGGUUGCCUGAGUGUAGCCGGCCUCAUCCAAACUGCGACAAUCUCGACAGCCCCUGUCUGCAAAGAGGAUGACGGCCGGGCGAUGGUGAUCAAAGAGCCUUAUGGAGUGGUGCUUGCCAUUGCCCCGUGGAAUGCACCUCAUGCUCUGGGCUUCCGCGCUUGUUUACAGCCUCUGGCAAUGGGAAAUACCGUUAUCCUGAAAGGGCCCGAAGCUGCUCCUGGUGUCUCUUGGGCGAUCGCCUCAAUACUGCACGAAGCAGGGCUGCCACCAGGCUGCUUGAAUACAAUCUAUCAUCGGCCAUCGGACGCUGCCAGAGUCACCACCACCAUGAUCGCC